GACAGCGGAGUCCUGAGAAGCCAGACAUCUGCUCCUCACAUGAAUGCACUCACCUCCUAGAGACCAGGCUGCCAUCAUGCUCUGGAAGCUAGUGGAGAAUGUCAAGUACGAGGAUAUCUAUGAGAUGUUAGUCCACACCUAUUCAUCCAUGGACCGGCACGAUGGCGUCCCGAGUCACAGCUCACGGCUCUCCCAGCUGGGCUCGGUGUCCCAGGGACCGUACUCGAGCGCCCCACCGCUGUCCCACACCCCAUCGUCGGACUUCCAGCCGCCCUACUUUCCGCCCCCGUACCAGCCGCUCCCCUCCCACCAGAGCCAGGACCCCUACUCCCACGUCAACCACCCCCACUCCCUGAACCCUCUGCACCAGCCGCAGCAGCACCCCUGGGGGCAACGGCAGCGGCAAGAAGUGGGUUCCGAAGCCGGCUCUCUCCUGCCCCAGCCUCGGGCUGCCUUGCCCCAGCUCUCGGGUCUCGACCCUCGGAGGGACUACCACUCGGUCCGCCGGCCGGACGUGCUGCUGCAUUCGGCACACCACGGCCUGGACGCGGGCAUGGGUGACAGCCUCUCGCUGCACGGCCUCGGCCACCCCGGCAUGGAAGACGUCCAGUCAGUUGAAGAUGCCAAUAACAGCGGCAUGAAUCUAUUGGACCAGUCUGUCAUUAAAAAAGUUCCUGUUCCUCCCAAAUCUGUGACUUCCCUAAUGAUGAAUAAAGACGGCUUCCUAGGAGGCAUGUCUGUCAACACAGGCGAGGUGUUUUGCUCAGUCCCAGGCCGUUUAUCUCUUCUCAGUUCAACUUCAAAAUACAAAGUAACUGUGGGAGAAGUUCAGAGACGGCUCUCCCCUCCGGAAUGCCUCAAUGCGUCUCUUCUCGGCGGCGUCCUCAGAAGAGCCAAAUCGAAAAAUGGGGGGAGAUCUUUGCGAGAAAGGCUAGAAAAAAUCGGUUUGAAUUUACCCGCGGGCAGGCGCAAAGCAGCAAAUGUCACGUUACUCACCUCCCUGGUGGAAGGAGAGGCUGUCCACUUAGCUCGGGAUUUCGGGUACAUUUGCGAAACAGAGUUUCCCGCCAAAGCUGUCUCUGAGUAUUUAAACCGGCAGCACACGGACCCUAGUGACCUGCACUCCCGAAAGAAUAUGCUGCUGGCGACCAAGCAACUCUGUAAAGAAUUUACGGAUCUGCUGGCGCAGGACCGGACGCCAAUCGGGAACAGCCGGCCCAGCCCCAUCCUGGAGCCGGGGAUCCAGAGCUGCCUCACGCACUUCAGCCUCAUCACGCACGGCUUCGGCGCCCCGGCCAUUUGCGCCGCGCUCACGGCCCUGCAGAACUAUCUCACCGAGGCGCUCAAAGGCAUGGACAAGAUGUUCUUGAACAACACCACCACUAACAGGCACACGUCUGGGGAAGGCCCAGGUAGUAAAACUGGCGACAAGGAGGAGAAACACAGGAAAUGAAAAAAAAAUUAAAAAAGAAGGAAACAUGUUUUAAGUACAAAAGGAAAACAGAAACAAAUUUAAUUUUAGCUUUAAAAUGUUGGAUUGGCUUUGGAAGAAUUAUAUUAGGUAGAAUACACAUACGAUCAAAAUUUAAAAAAAAAAGAAAGCUAAAUAACUUAAAAAAAAAAACUGAGGCGUACAACGGAGCAACAAUAUCGGUUCUCAGUGUCUAUUUCAAGAUACACUUGGAGACAACCGUCCGGAUUUUCCACUUCGGUUCUUUCGAGCUUAAUAAUACUGAUAAUAAAAGAAAACCAUGGUUUCCCCCCUUUGGAAAAUAAACAUAAGACUAAACAUGAGAAAACGCUAACUUAUUGGAAGAAAAUCGGAGAAACGUUGGUGUUAAUGCUUUGAGAGCUGUUUGACUGAGACGCACGAACUUUUUAAUUUUUAAUAUUUUUUUAGGAAACUCUUUGACAGUCCCCGCCCUCCACCUCACCUCACCCUCCUCCCAGCCACCCUUUUCUACAUGGCCCUCCCUUCCCCACACUGUUACGGGAAUCUUCUGGGAUGAAAAUGAGUGUGGUUAGCUUAUUUGCGUUGUUUUAGCCUCCUCAGUCCCCUCCCUUCCCGCCCCAUCUCGCGUUCUUAACUCACAGGUGCCCAGCUCCCAGGCCGUUUGCAUAAUUAGGGAGGGCGAGGGCGGGCGG